AUGUCGCGGUUUGUGAAGGCCUACUUGAAGGCCAAGAGGCUAAACUACCGCCAAACCCCCUUGCCCUUCACUCCCAAGUUUUUGGAGUUGAGCAAAGAGCCUUCAGUGCCUCCUCCUUUAAGAGAAAGGCAACAGCCGCAGCGUGUGGACUUGGCGAAGCACUUGAACAUAAAGGAAGGAGAUUUGGUGGAGGUGCUGCACGGCCGCGACCAAAACCGCCGUGGAAUUAUUUUGAAAAUAAACCACCGAAGAAAUACCGCAAUUGUGGAGGGAUGCAAUCUUAAAAGAAGCUUCUGGAGUCCUCGAGUUGGCGGUCCUUCGCUAGCGACAGAGGAGCUGCCUAUACACCUCACGAACUUGGCGCUCCUCGACCCCAUUGUCAAGAGGCCAACUCGAGUCAAAAGGAGGUAUAUGAUGAAUGGAGAAGUAGUUCGCAUUUCUAAACUUUCCG